AUGUCUUACUCUUACUAUAACAACCAAACACCGGUCCACCAUAAUCAGGGUCAGGAUGAAUAUUAUGACCCCUACUCGGAGACGCAGCGCGCCCCACAUGCGACAUACGACCAGGGAGGCUAUCGUGAUGAUUACUACGACGCAAGCGCCCGACCUGUGACCAAUAACGUCGUACCCGGAGAGAAGGAUCAACCAUUCAGUGCAGCAGAGUUUAAUAAGGAGGCACAUGUCACACACUCGAAUCUGCGAAAAUACCAGUAUGAGAAGGGUAAUCUAUGGGCGAAGGGGGGCGGCUUGCGAACCUGUGGUCGGUUCGUGGGGUGCUUUUUGUUUACGGGCAUCUGGAUGUUUGUGGGCAUCGUGCUCGCCCUUGUGCUGUAUGUCCGCCCUCCAAACGUGAUUAUCGGUUCUGCCGAACUGGCAGACUCGAAUCAACUCGAGAGCAUCGCGGGUGGCGGGAUCAGGAUCAAUGCGGAUAUUCCUAUCAAUAUCAAUAACCCCAGCUACCUCAACGUGAACCUCGCCGGUCUUGACGCCCAAAUAUUCUACCCCAUCAACAACACAUACAUCGGCAACGGCACGUUAUCCAACACCGAGUUACCCUCCUUCACCAACAAGAACUUCACAUUCCCUAUCGCAAUCGACUACGUUGGCAGCAUCGACCCGGAUCAGACCAUCAUCAAGGACAUAUUGACAAAAUGCUUAGCCGGGGACAACUUGGACGUCGAUUACAAGCUCACAGUUGACGUGAAGGUGUUAUCAGUUUCGGUCAAGCGCACAGUCUCCGAAAGCGCUAGCUUCAAGUGCCCCAUAGACUCCUCAUCCGUCUCGAGUGUCCUCGGCGGAUUGAACCUCACUAGCAUUAUCGAUGGCCUCACUGGCUCGACAUAG